GCUCUAUGCACAACCCUAUCCAAAUUGCAUAAUAAUGGGAGCAUAGGCUGCUGCCCUUUUUUCCUUUAAUUUUCUUCAUGCCUAGCUUUUGUGAAAGCUCACAAGAAGAAUCCAACCGACCAUAGAACAAGCUCUACUUUUCUCCUCCACAAGUUUCCCGCUCUAUAAUUCCCUCCAAGCAUACUACUAUACUAGGCAUAAAAACAAGUUAGAAGAUCACCAAUCCAGUACUACUUUAAUUAUUAUUACAUAGAUUUGAGUUGAGGUCCAGCAUGGGAAACUGCUUCUUUGGGGCCAUGUCAGAUCCUGAUGCAGCAGCAAUCAAAGUGAUAACAUCAAAUGGUGGCAUCAUGGAAUUCAGUGCUCCAGUGACUGUGAGUUUCAUCACCAACGAGUUCCCGGGGCACGCCAUGUUCAGAAGCCACGACCUCUUUUGGAAACCACUCAGCCAAUUCGAUGAGUUGGAGCCAGGCCAAUCCUACUAUCUGCUACCACUCAGCAACAACAACAACAACAACAACAACAACAACAGCAAGAACACAGACAGUACUCUACCAUGUGGUGGUGAAAAUAUUAACGUUGUUGUGAGACAAGGGCAUGUUAGAUCUCACAGUGUUCCUACAAUCUCAAACCCUGCCUUGUAUAGAAUGUCCUUGGACUAUCACCACCACCACCAGGGAAUGGGGUUGCUCAAGAGGUCCUCCAAUAAUAUUGAUGCCUUCUCUAGCAGGAGCAGUGGUGUUGUUAAUAGCAGCAACAAUAUUGGUGGUGGUGGUAGUGGUGGUAGCAGUAGGUUUUGGAAAGUGAAGCUUGUGAUCAGCCCAGAACAGUUGCUGGACAUUUUGGCACAAGAGGCUCGCACCAAGGAGUUGAUAGAAAGUGUAAGGAUGGUAGCAAAAUGUGGAAUUGCUGGUGGUGCUAUUUCAAAUUCAGCUGCAGGUAUGAUUUCUGAUCACUGGAGCCUUUCCAGCACCAGUUGGAGCAUUUCCUCUUAGAUUGAUGCCUUAGUAGGCAUUUAAUUACUACUAAUACUAACAAUAAUUUGUGCCUACAUUAAUACUUUUUUUCUUUUGUCUCUCCUUCCCUUUGAUUACUUUGCUCUAUAGCUAUUUUUGUGUAUGCAUGCUCCUUCUUUUUUUUGUUUCUUCUUUGAAAUUCAAUGUAGAUUCACUCUUAUCACAUCAAAUUGCAGAAUUUCGGAGCAUUUGUUGUGUACUAGUAAUAGUGGAACAUUCAAGGCACUUGCUUA